AUGCGCAGUACUUGUCUAUCCACCUGCCUCAAGGGGCGAUUUUGGUCACUUCCUUCCAGAAGGACAACUCAACAAAUUGGAGUACCAUUUAAGAAACCCAGUGGUCAGCCUAGACAAUGGCCUGCUUUCACACAGCUACGCACCGCUACGGUAGCUGCUACUCAGAACGGUCCAAAUCCCAGUGGAUCCUCCACACCCACAGUGCGGGUACAAGGGCCGGGCAGCGAGGACCAGGACAGCCACAAAGCCAACCUCAUCUCACAGCUCAAGAGCAUCCCCCAGGACACCAGCUUUCUGCGGAUUGAGGAGAGCACUCCCUCGGACAAGGAAUGGUCAAUCCUCAGCGAGCACUUUACCAACAUCCGCGACCUGGAAAUGGACAGCGGGUAUGACGAGGGCCUCAACGAUAAAGAGAUGCCCCUGCACUGGCCCCUCGAACGGCUCGAGAUCAGCUCCGCCGCGGGCCAGGUCAUCCAAACACCCUUCAUACUCCAAGGCCGCGUAAAACAUCUCGCUCUGAUCUUUACCUCUGGUCUCCGAUUCGAGGGUCCCACGAACGCAGAACUGCAGCGCACGAAUCGCGAAGCCAUUGAUCGCGGCGAGGCAACGCCGAGAUACAUCACGCUAGAUGAGGGGACACCGGCGAAGCGAACAAUCGAGGUGACGUAUAUCCCUGAGCUGGUGGCGCAGUGGAUGACGGACAAGUACUCCAAGCCCAGCCCGCAGGUGGAGUCGGCGAACCUGCCUCCCGCGCAGAUCACCACGGACACGCUGGAGAUUGUGGAGAACGACGCGCUGGAUGCGUUCUGCCGGAUGGCGGUGGCGCUGCCUCAUGUGGUUGAUAAUCUCAAGGCGCUGACGCUGCGCUCGACGCACGGGCUGGAUUUCCACUAUGCGAAAGAGAGUAUGUUUGUGACUGUUCUCCCGCAUCUGCUGAACUUGCAGACGCUGCGUUUGAGCGUGGGCGAUAUUUUCGAGGACAAGGAGUAUCUGCCAAAUCUGUAUACAAAGUUGCCGCCGAAUUUGUCGGCCCUCUACUUUCGGGGUCCUGCAUCCCUGUGUCAGUCGAAGAAGUGGGAGAAGUGGAUUGAGUCUUUCGCCUCGAAGGAUUAUCUCCCCGAGCUGAAGAGGCUGGGAUUUGUCCUCGACUUGCAUUACGAGGGUGACAAGGAUGGGAAGAAAGAGGUCCAGGCGCCAGAAGCGGUUCUGCGUGAAGCCCGAGCUGCUUGCGACCGACUGUAUGCCGUUGCAAAGGACCGUGGCAUCACGAUUGAGCCUAUGCAUGAUGAGUGGGCCGACGAGUUUGAACAUCUCCGACAAGUGGAUGAUCGCUGGGGUGCCUUGUGA